CGCCCGGCGUACCGUGGGGCCGUUGGCGUAAGCAUGGACCGGGAACUGUUACUUCGGAGGGUGUCGUUGUUACAGGCCUGCAUCCGGGGCUUCUUAGUCCGGCAGCAGUUCCAGAACCUGCGAGCUGAGUAUGAGGCGGUUGUGCAAGAGAUCGAGGGCGACCUGGGCACACUUCAGUGGACUGCGGGCUGGAUCCCCAGGCCCCGGUUUCUCCCGGAGGCAAAAUCUCAUCGCUCCUGGAAAGCAAAAGAGAGGGUGCAAAAUCCAGAGCAGGAACUAUGGAGACACCUCCCAUGUAAAGAAUCUGAGAAAAGGGCCAUGUGGGAGGAGAUGAUGCUGAAGAAGCCAAGAGAGAAUUCAUCAGAUCCAGGAACUCUUCCCUGCAGAGAUGACAGCCUCUGGCUUCUGGCUGAGCAGAGCAAGAAAGCCAGAAAACCUGGCCAAGAGAAAACCAGAGAUACCUCCAUCUCCAGGAUGGAGAACCCAGAAACCACAGGUCCAGGACUGUCCCAUAGCCAGUAUGAGCUCCAGGAACUCCAGUACCACCAAAGCCACUUGGCCAUGGAACUAUUGUGGCUACAACAAGCCAUCAACAGCCGAAAGGAGUACCUAAUUCUUAAACAAACACUGAGAUCCCCAGAAACAGACCAGAACAGAGACAAGCCCAGCCUGUGUCCACACCAGGGACAACAAGCCUGUGAGGAGGUCUGGUCACAAUCAAGCUCCCUGCUGGAGGACCCAUCCUACAGAAACAGGGCCAUGGGAGAGCUGGACUAUGACUCCUGCAAGAGGGAAAAAUCACAGUCCCAUAAAUCCUCAGAAAGUCAGAUCACUGAAAGCAAAAUCCCUGCUGGGGCUAAUGGUGACAGCUGUAGGAGGGCUAGACCACAGUUUGUAUACCACCAGCCAGCCAGGAUAGAGGGAACAGGUUUGCCCAAGGGCCAGACCAUGGUGGAUAGGCCUUUGAAGAACUCUGUCUGCAGCAGAUGAAGCUCCUGGAGGAUCAGACCCUCAGGGGCCUCAAAUCUAGGAGCCCCUGUUCCAAGAAGGCCAGGACACAGCUGCCUAUAGUCUGUCAGGAUCCAGAUAUCAAGGACAAGUCUCGCAGAAGGUCAAACCACAAAGUGAAAUACUGCCAAAGAGCCAGACUACAGAGGACAAGCCUCUCAAACAACCCAGAUGAAUCUGGAUGGGACCUUGGCAGGGCUGGAACAUGGUAGCCUGGAUCUCAGGAUAAAACUGUCCAAGGGCCAGACCCCCAGUGAUAGAUGGUCCAGAGAUGGAACCUCUGUUGUACUUAGUUAUGAAGGAUGAGAUAACUAGAGGGCUGCACUAUGAAGAUUAAGGCCACCUGAGAACCUGUCUUCCAACUGUCCAGAACCAGUCCAGACAGGAAAGGAUCCAUAGGAAGGCAGGUCAUUGAAAGCGGGAGCACCAGGCUAGACAGGGGGACCCAGGGGAGCAACAGGUUCUAUUUGUGAAAGUGUGAUGAGGAAAAUAGGCCCUCAUCCUACCUUCCUGGUACCAGCUUUACCUCCAGCUCCUAUCCUCAACCAUUAUGGCUAACAGGUUCAAGAGAAGAUGCAGAAGAGAGCUGGCUAGUAUGUAAGGAAGAUGAAGGACCCCCUUUCAUCUGCCGCCUGCUGUUCAAAUUUCAGGUGAAAUUCCCUGGAGAAAAGAGUGGGAGGCUUGGAGGAUAAUAAAGUUUUUUCU